AACUUGUGUGUUUCUAGCGAAGCAAGUCUGGCUAAUCCUUGGUGGACCGGUCAGGUGGGGUUGCCGGGAGUAGAGCCGGCAACCAACUCCCCCACCCUCAACAAGCGCCACACCGAUCUUUCCAUUAACGACAGCAGUGGCCGGAGCGGCAACCGAGAAGAAGAUGAAGAAAGAGAAAACGGAGACGAACCCAAGGAGGGUGCAGUCGAUGUCGGAACCCGCCGGCCCAGGGGCCGACCUCCCGGCUCCAAAAACAAACCCAAGCCACCCAUCUUCGUCACCCGAGAUAGUCCCAACGCCCUAAGAAGCCACGUGAUGGAAGUUGCCGGUGGAACCGACGUUGCAGAGAGUGUGGCUCAAUUCGCAAGGAGGCGUCAGCGUGGCGUUUGUGUUCUCAGUGGAAGCGGCUCCGUCGCCAACGUCACUCUCCGACAACCCGCUGCCCCUGGAGCUGUUGUGGCUCUCCAUGGCAGGUUUGAAAUUCUAUCCCUAACAGGUGCGUUCUUGCCGGGACCGGCCCCUCCCGGCGCGACGGGGCUCACGGUGUAUCUCGCAGGGGGACAAGGACAGGUCGUCGGUGGAAGUGUCGUCGGGUCUCUAGUAGCAGCUGGACCAGUGAUGGUCAUUGCUGCGACUUUUGCUAAUGCGACUUACGAAAGACUACCACUUGAUGACGAUGAUGAGGGAGCCAGUGCUGCGCCACAAGGAGGAGCAGGAGAAGGGUCACCACGGGGAAUCGGUAGCAGCGGUGGCCAGUCUCUGCCACCCGGACUUCCGGAUCCGUCGUCUCUGCCUUUGUACAACCUGCCGCCGAAUCUGAUGCCCAACGGUGGUGGAGGGCAGGUGGGGCAUGAAGCUUUUGCUUGGGCUCACGGAAGGCAACCUUUCUGAUAGAAAAGGGCUUUGGUGUUUGGGCAGAGUGAAGUUGAUGGUGAUUUGGAAGAUAGAGAACAGUGGGAAAGAAAUUUACAGUGUUUAGAGAGUACUAAAAUAGGUGUGAACUGUGAAGAUGGAUGAGUUGAAGCUGAUGAUGGAUGAAGGGGGCAUCUUGUGGCUUAGAAAUUCGGGGUUUCUUUCAACUCAUCAUAAGCUCUCAGAACCAUUGAACCAAGGGUUAUUUUGCCUACAUCGUGCCUCAAUGACCUUCUUCUUCGUCCAGAAAUAAAAGCCAAUACCGACGAAUUGCCGGGUUUUGUAAGUGAUUAGGGCUGAAAUUUCCCAGUACUAGCUAGGGAUGAUCGUAUAUUUAUUUAUGCUGGUUCUAGAAAUGGAAAAUUUAUUAUAUUCAAUAACGAAACAUCUUUUAUAUCCACUCCAGGGCCAUCAUCACUCUUCCUUAAAUGUAUCCAGAUAGGAUUCAUGCAUCUGCAUUUAGAUCACAUCACUGCCAUUCAAAAUUCAUGGCUAAGCUAAGAUUGUUCAGCAUCUGUGUUGUCAGACUCCGAGUCUAAAAACAAACAAGAAUAUAUGGCGAUCGCUAUUAAUGCUUUUCCCUGAUAUUUUUGGUUGGUCACUUAAAAUGGAUUAAGACAUUCUGGUAUAUAUAUGAACUUGAGCAAACGACACUCACAGCACAUGGAAACAGGAAAUGAGAAAACCAUUUGCGAGAUGAUCUCGACGAGUGAAAAAGUGACUACUUUUCUCUUUUGAAUUUUUGAGACAUUCGCUUUGUCGCAUAGAUGCUCACCUUACGAGCACACAACACAAAUUGAAGUAAAAUAUAUAUAUAUAUGACUCUGCUAAGGCAUGCAUGUUACAUACUUUGUUGUUUGUUCCAGUCGAAGAUGUCUGAUGCGUUUGGAGUAGUCUCUCUCUCUCUCUCUCUCUCUCUCUCUCUCUCUCUCGUUUUUGGAUGAGAUCAAAGUGCAGACACUUUUGACAUCCCCCACCCACGUGUUGUAGGGCUCAAAACGAGUCGCCCGAAGACAAAAUCAAAAAGCAUACUUCGGCAGAAUGGGGGAUUUCGGAUUUCUCUAUCUGUCCAUGCCUCCAUGUGUGCACCAAGGUUUCUGCACUUCACUUCUGCCACACUGACUCUGACUCUCUCUUCUCCCUAAGAAUUAUUAUUAUUAUUAUUAUUAUUUUAGUUUUCUAUGUUUGAUUGAAAGCAUUGAGUGCUUCCAAAGGCAGUACUCUGAGAGUCACUCAGUGAUAAGCCCUUGGCUACAUGUCACUCGUGCAAAGUUCAGCAUUUUCCCAUUAAAAUAUGCUUCCAAUUAUUUUCGUCGCCCCUCUUA